AUGUGGCUAAAACUGAUUCUGGCUAUAGUCAUCCUUAUUGAAUGCAUUGUAGUCAUUUAUUUACCGUCCCAUAUAGAGAGUAGGAUUAUGAAUAAAAAGAAGCAUAAGAUUUUUAAUAUGGAAAAUUUUGAAAAUGUUGCAAGUGGCGCAAUUUUAGCUUUAGCUUUUAUACACAUGCUUCCAGAAGUUAUAGGUUUAUUAAACAAAAACAAUCUGACCAUUUAUUGCUGUUUUGGUUUAAUACUUAUAUCAGUAACAUUUUUGAAUAUAACAGAUAUAUUAUAUGACCACCAUACUGAAAAUUGUUCUGAUAUUGACAAUGCAGAAAAAAACACAAAUAAAUUUACUAUUAAUAGUGCAUCUGAUAAAAAUAUCCGUGACCAUAUAGAUAUAGAAAUGGAAUCAUUAAGCAUUAAAGAAAAUACGAACCUUUCAAAUAAUUUUAUUUUUGACACAUUUAAAUCAAAUGCUUUUUUUAUAGUUUUAAGCCUUUUUAUUCAUUCGUUUGUAGAAGGUUUACUUAUUGGAAGUUUAAAAGAUAAAAAUCCUAUUAUAAUAGUUGGCCUCUCGAUGAUAGCACAUAAAUGGGCAGAGUGUUUAAUGAUCUAUAAAAAUGCUGUCAAGAAGACAAAAGAUCCAAUUUUAUCCUCUAUAUACGCAUGGUCCUUUAUAUUAUCCUUACCAUUAGGAAUUCUUGUUGCAGUGCUAUCGUUUUCAUCAAAUGAAUUUGUGGAAAUCAUUUUUAGUUCAAUUGCUUGUGGAUUUUUUUUGUAUCUCUCCUUUAAUAUGACUAAAGACAUAACGGUGACGAAAGCUAACAAAUUCUAUAUCUCAUUUAGUUAUUUUUUUGGAGUGUGUGGGAUGUCAACAUUAAUGAUAGUAUUUAAUUAUUUAGAAAAAUCCAAUGUAGUUUAA